AUGGCCGGGUCAGCUCCUACAGACAAACAAGUGGCCGAUUUCGUGAAAAACUAUAGGCGGGACCGACCUAAAUACUCCAUGCAGCCAAUGAUUGAGUUCUGCAAUGCGCAUUUGUACAACAAUGUGAACCUGGAGACUCUACCGGAUGACGACAAGGUUAUUUUGUGUGAUAGCCAGCGCGACGCACGUCCAGGAGCUGCUGGAAGCGUGAGUCAGCUUGGA